AUGGCUGCCCAUAUAUCGCCUAGGUUGUGCAAUAGCUCCAAGCCGUACAACAUUGUUAUUGUUGGUGGUUCUUACGCUGGCUUGUCAGCUUCAUUGGCCUUGAUGGCCUUGAAGGGCGGCCAAACGAUACCAUUUGCGGCUUACGGAAACUACUCUCAUCUGAGAGCGGCUCCUCGAGUGCAGGACCUACGCAUCACCAUAAUUGAUCAGAGGGAUGGUUUCUUCCAUACAGUAGGCACGCCGCUGGCCCACGUCUCACCAACGCAUGUGACUUCCAUGUGGAAACAAUAUAGUGGUUUCCCAAAGUUGAAUCGGCCCGAUGUCACCUUUAUUCACGGGACAGCCACCGGUAUCAACUGUGGCAGUCAAACCCUGCUCUAUAAUGAUACUCAUAAUAAGCCACAGUCCCAGCAAUAUGACUACAUUCUUGUGUCAACCGGCGUUCGACGCAAAUGGCCGAUUGUGCCGAGAGCGGACAGUUUUCUUCCGUAUGUAAAGGAUGCGUCCAGCUACUCACAGCAGAUACUGGCUGCUGAGAAGUUGGGAGUGGUGGUUAUCGGAGGUGGUAAGGAAAGACCACUCUAUUAUGUUCAUUUUGAGAUACUGUUUGCAGGGAAGGUCAAGGCCAAUUAUCCCAAGACUCCGGUUACUUUGGUUCACUCACGGAAUCAGCUCCUCUUGAAUGAACCACUGCCGGAGGAAUUCAAAGCCUUAUCAUUAAAGCUUCUCCAAGAGGAAGGCGUUCAGGUCAUCCUUGGCAAGCGUGCUGCAGUCGAUGAGCUCCCGGAUCAGACAUUCUAUGUCAAGUUCCAGGACGGUGGCCGCCUACACGCUGGCCUAGUGAUCAUGGCUGCUUCCCAGGCUAGUUCUUCAGCUACCUUCUUACCUCUGACAUAUUUUUGGCUAAUUUAUUGCGAUCUGUAUAGAUUAAGAUUGAAGGGUGAUCCAUCUCAGUCUGGUCGCAUGUUUGCUGCUGGUGACAUCACAGACUGUCAAGGAAUUAAACUGGGAAGCAGUGCUAUGGUCAUGGGGAGUGUAGCUGCUGCCAAUAUAUACUCAUCUCUACUACACAAAGAGUAUAAAAACCAGCCAUUGCUAUUGGAAGAUUGUCCCCAAAUACAACCAAAAAUGGCAUUAUCUAUUGGCACGAAUGCCAUUUGCUAUGCUGGAGGUGAUGCGAAAGUCCAGUAUGGGAACGAGUUAGUCGAGCCAUUGUUUGGUUCUGACAUGGGCUGGCAGAGAGUGCUGAACUCCCUAGGUCUUGAGGACCACUUUCAUCGACAAAGAUAAUUGGAACAGAUGGCUUCUUCUUUCCGCCACAUGAUGUCAGCUUCAAUUGGUUGGUCUGAAUAGACCAGCAUUAGCCCUAUAUUUCAUUUGUCCCACCCAUAUGCAUAAUACAAAAGACAGCCUUAACGAGAUGCC